GGAUGUGUUGGUGCAGACGGGCACACCUCCAAUCGCUCUGGUGGAGCAGUGCACCCAGUGUCUUACAGAGGAUGAGGCCCAUGCGGCUUGGUCCGGCCUCGCCGUCUCGGACAUUCUGCCGACCCAUGUCUAUGUCUUGGUGGAACGGGUCGCGCAGAACAGCCACCCGCGGCUGGUACAGGGAGCCGAGCUUUGGCUUACUUGGAGGGACUGGCGGCAAGGGGAGCGCAGGUGGCGAGACCCGUCCAUGGAGCCAGUUGCCAGUCGAGCACAGGAUGCCAAUCCGGAUGUGUUACCAAAGCACUUCCUGUGGGUCGAUACACAGGUUCUACAGGAAAACUAUGGCUCUGCUGAGUCGCUGAUCUCUCUGCUGGUCCGGGAACGCCGCCUUGCUCAGGCAUGUCAGUACAUCUUCAAUGAAAAAGCAGACAAGCGCCUGUUCGUGGACGUCGUCGCGCAUCAUUGUCUGGCACACAACCAGUUCCAUGAGUUGCAGAAGGUGAUCCUGGACUUCGACCCCUCACUUCAAAAAGUGCAGGAAUACUUGAACUCCGUCAAGGAAUUUUUGCGUGACAGACGUGCGCUGGACUUGCUGUAUUCCUACGAAGUCUUUACGAGGAACUUUGUCAAUGCAGGUUUCCUCGCCAUCUCGCUUUUCGUGCAGUCGUCCACCUGGGAUGCCCGGGUGGGACACCUCCAAAAUGCAGAAGCUCACCUUGGGUUUGCUCACCGGAAACUCUUGAGCCGAAAGAAGGGGGAGGGGAAGGACGGAACUGGUGAUGGGACUUCAGAGAAUCCCAGCGCCGCAGCGCAGGAGAGCAUGACGGCGUCGGGAGACGCUGUCAGUCUGGAAGCCAAAAUGGGGAUCGCCGACAUCAAGAGGAAUCUGGAAACCGUCCGGAUCCAACGCGCUGUCUGCGAGGCGAUGCCCACGAGCAUGCCUCAAAAUGCCGUGCUCUUCGGUGACCUCCCGGCACAGUGCGAGGUUGCAGAGCUCUUGAUGGUCAACGGGCAUUUCAAGCUGGCUCUAAAG